AUCACGCCACAAUGCCAGAGAAAUCAUUAAUACUCCUUGUAGGCGGCGGCGCAGUAGGGGCAGUGGCAGCUCUCAACCUGCAACUCAUCGAACAAGCAGAAGUUACAGUAGUAUGCCGCUCAAACUACGCCGUCGUUAGCCAAGAUGGCUACCGCAUCGAGUCUUGCGAUCACGGCAACCUGUCAGGCUGGAAAGCCUUCGCAGUGCUUAACCACAUCCCCGAAGCAAGCAGCAGCCAACCCUUCGACUACAUCGUCUGCGUGACGAAGAACAUCGCAGACGUACCACCUUCUCUAGCCGAUCUGAUUCGGCCAGCCGUGACACCCGGCCGAACGGUUGUCGUGCUAAUCCAGAACGGCCUCAACAUCGAGAAACCACUCAUCCAAGCCUUUCCGCAGAACAUCGUGCUGUCAGGCGUCAGCCUAAUCGGCGCAAAUGAGCCUGAGCCUGGACAUAUCGUCCAGGACUUUCCGGACACCCUCUACGUUGGUCCAUUCCGCAAUCCGAACCUGAAGGUAGAAGAGGAGGACGCCGCAGCGAAGCAAUUUGUCCAGUUGUACAGCGCAGGCGGCAAAACCCAAUGCUCUUACAUCGCGGACGUAGGCUGGACCCGAUGGCGGAAACUCGUCUACAACGCCUGCUUGAACCCUAUCUGCGCCAUCACCGGACUGGACACAGGCCGCGUACGCCUUGCUGACGGAGCGGUAGAAGGCUUGGUCAAGCCAGCUAUGAAGGAGAUCGUGGCGGCUGCGAAGGCGUCGGGUUACGAGCUUCCCGCCACGGUUGUGGACGAUAUGAUCAACAUGGAUCCGUUGACGAUGUAUCUGCCGCCAUCCAUGUUGAGUGAUACUCGGAAGGGCAACUUCAUCGAGUACGAGAAUAUCCUUGGCGAACCUUUGCGAGAAGGAGAGAAGUUGGGAGUGCCUAUGCCGACGCUGCGGGUGCUGUACCAUCUCUGUGCGGCGAUACAGUGGAAGAAUAAGGAGGUGAAGGGUUUCGUCACUGUGCCGCCGAAAGGAAGCUCUGCUGAGUAG